AUGUCUCUUCGACAGCAUUCCUACUUCUCUCCCUUUGCUUCAGUCUUGGAAGAAGAGGUGGUCAGUUUGCCAGAGUCCAUCGUUGCAGCUGCUUGCUCAAGGAGUGGCCAGAGUGUUCUACACGUUGAUUCAAGAAGCUAUUAUGGAGGAAACUGGGCCAGUUUCAGCUUUUCAGGACUAUUGUCCUGGAUAAAGGAGUAUCAGGAAAAGCGUGAUAAGGAAGAGUGGGCAGCUUGGCAAGAGCUGAUACUGGAAACAGAAGAAGCCAUUGCUCUUCGUAAGAAAGACCAGACCAUCCAACAUGUAGAAGUCAUUUGUUAUGCCAGUCAGGAUGCAGAUGAACAUGUUGAAGAACUUGGUGCUGUGCAGAAAAAUCCGGCCUCUGUGAUGUCUGCUAGCUCAAAUGACCCUCUGGACUCGAUGGGCACAGCUUGCUCUGAUACGUCUGAAUUAACUGCACAGCUCAGUGAGCCAGAUACUGCACAAGAAGUACCCGAUGGAGAUGUGCCACUGGGGAAGGAAAGCUGUGGUGGUGAUGCGGAGUGUAGCCAAUCACCUUUGGAACAGGAAAAAGCUGAAAAUGUACCUGUAGGAGAAGAUGUUGAUUCACCCAGGAAGAAUAGGAUUACUUACUCCCAAAUUGUUAAAGAAGGCAGGAGAUUUAAUAUUGAUUUGACCUCAAAGCUGCUUUAUUCUCGAGGAUUGCUAAUUGACCUUCUAAUCAAAUCAAACGUUAGUCGAUAUGCAGAGUUCAAAAGUGUCACCAGGAUCCUUGGAUAUCGAGAAGGAAAUGUAUUGCAGGUACCUUGCUCCAGAGCAGAUGUUUUUAAUAGCAAGAAACUCACUAUGCUAGAAAAGAGAAUGCUGAUGAAAUUUCUGACAUUUUGUUUGGACUACGAACAGCACCCUGACGACUACAAAGCUUAUGAGGAAUGUACCUUUUCAGAAUACUUAAAAACUCAAAAACUGACACCGAAUUUGCGACACUUUGUCCUUCAUUCCAUUGCAAUGGUAUCAGAGACAUCCACCAACACCUUGGAUGGCCUCAGAGAAACACGAAACUUUCUUCAGUGUCUUGGGCGGUAUGGCAACACUCCCUUCUUGUUUCCCUUGUAUGGCCAAGGAGAAAUGCCCCAGUGUUUCUGCAGGAUGUGUGCGGUGUUUGGUGGAACCUAUUGUCUUAACCAUGCAAUACAGUGCCUUGUAGUGGACAAAGGAUCUGGAAAAUGUAAGGCAAUCAUAGAUCACUGUGGUCAGAGGAUAAGUGCGAAGCAUUUUAUAGUGGAAGAUAGCUGCCUUUCUGAGCAAACAUGUUCAAAUGUAACCUACAGGCAGAUCUCCAGGGCAGUGCUGAUUACAGAUCGAUCUGUACUGAAGGCAGAUUCCGAUCAGCAGAUUUCUGUUUUGACAGUGCCACCAGAGGAGCCAGGAUCUGCUGCUGUACCGGUCAUUGAGUUGUGCUUUUCCACCAUGACAUGCAUGAAAGGAACAUAUCUCGUCCAUUUGACGUGUCCAUCCUCAAAAAAAACAGCAAGAGAAGAUUUAGAGUCAGUUGUGAGGAAAUUGUUCACCCCGUACGAUGAGGCAGAGUUGGAAAAUGAAGUAGAAAAGCCAAAAAUUCUGUGGGCCCUCUAUUUCAACAUGAGAGACUCUUCAGGCAUCAACAAAGAUUCUUAUAAUGACUUACCUUCAAAUGUAUAUGUCUGCUCUGGACCAGACUGUUUUCUGGGAAGUGAGCUUGCUGUCAAACAGGCUGAAGAACUUUUCCAAUUCAUCUUGCCAAAUGAAGAGUUCUGCCCGCCUCCACCGAAUCCUGAAGAUAUUGUUUUCGAUGGAGAUGGUGUGCAACCAGAGGUUCCUGCACCCAAGCCAGAUGCCACUGAAAAAAUGACAGGCCAAGGAGAUGAAGAAGAGAAGUCUGCAAAAGAGAUGACAGCAAGACAGGAAACCGAACUUUAAGAAUCUUACUCAGCAUCCAAAUUAUCUGAAUAUGAGAAAAAUUAGAAAAAAGACUAAAAAGUAAUAGCCAUGCAUCUUUUUUUUUUUCAAAAUCACAUGUUGAAGGAAACCAGGAGAAUAUUUCCCUCCUUUAAGAAGGGCAUUGUACAAAGUCAAACCACACUUUAAAAACAUAUUUCUUCUCCUUGUAUUAAAAUAUCAGAACUUUUGAAUUAACAGAAAUGACAUAUAAUUUUCCAGUGCUUUGUCUCCCAGGAAUCACUAUUCAGGUGUUCAGGUUAAGGGACCUGAUCAACUGUUGGCUGUUACCUAUUUCCCUCCCCUUUCUCCUUCUCCCUUUUCCCUUCUCCCUUCUCCCUUUACCCUUCUCCCUUCCCCUUCCCCUUCACUCUGUGAAGUUAUUUUCCAAAGGCUUAAAUCUUUGGA